UAUCCCCGCCCUCAUAUAUAUAUCGUUUAUAUCAAAUGACGUAUGCAGUACAGGGUAGCAACAGUUGCUUCGAGACCCCGUGCGCCAUAGUGACUGUAGCCGUGGAGACAGUUACUUACCAACCGGCGCAACACUCAGCAGCAACUGGAACACAACGAGCAAGUGAUUUGAGUGGAAAGAGAACACAGCCAGGGCAGAACUUAUACAAAGCAAAGGUUCCCAGCAUGCAGAGUUCAGAGGGAGGGUCCGAUUCGUCGUCCAGUGUGGCGCUGCGUACGUCCACCUCCGCCCAGGCCCCCGUGGUGCAGCCUGUCCCAGCCUCACAACAGAGGGUGCUGGUUCAGGCCACAGGCUCAGCCCAGAAGGGAGCGCAGGUGCAGCAGCUGUCAGUCCCCCGGCUGCAACAGGUCCCUCAGCAGGUCCAGCAGAUCCAUCAUGUCUACCCCUCCCAGGUUCAGUAUGUGGGAGAGGGGGGAGAAGCAGUUUACACUAAUGGAACCAUCCGGACAGCCUACUCCUAUAACCCUGAGGCCCAGCUGUAUGGCCAGGGCAGUGGAGGAGCCUAUUUUGACUCUCAGGGCGGGGGUUCCCAGGUCACGACGGUGGUCUCCUCCGCCAGUGGUGUGCCGCCCCACGGCAUGGUGGGCAUCACCAUGGAUGUGGGCGGCAGUCAGAUCAUCUCAGGUGGCAGCACCUACCUGAUCCACGGCGGGGGCAUGGAGGGAGGCCGCCACCACGCCUCACACUCCUCCCGCUCCUCCUCUGCUAUGCUUGAAAUGGCGAUUGAAAACCUCCAAAAGUCGGAAGGGAUUGCAACUCACAAAAGCAGCCUGCUCAACAGCCAUCUGCAGUGGCUGCUGGAUAACUAUGAGACAGCAGAGGGGGUGAGCCUGCCCCGGAGCUCCCUCUACAACCACUACCUGCGCCACUGUCAGGAGCAGAAACUGGACCCGGUCAACGCUGCCUCCUUUGGGAAACUCAUCCGCUCUGUCUUCAUGGGCCUCAGGACCCGCCGCCUCGGCACAAGAGGCAACUCCAAAUACCACUACUAUGGCAUUAGACUGAAGCCAGACUCUCCACUCAACAGACUGCAAGAGGACUCUCAGUACAUGGCCAUGAGACAGCAGCCUGUGCACCAGAAACAAAGGUUCAAGCCCCUCCAGAAGGUGGACGGCAUGGGGGACAGCCUGUCAGGAGGCUCCCAGCAUUCAGCCAGCACCCCAGAGCAGUCUGUGGCAGCCCAGAGCCAGCACCACCAGCAGUACAUUGAUGUGUCCCAUGUCCUGCCCCCGUUCCCCAUCCCUGACCUGGGCACCCAGCCCCUCCCUGAACGCAUCAACAUGAACGACGUGAAGAAGUUGCAGAACCUGUACAGAGACCACUGUGAGGCUACUCUGGACGUGGUGAUGAACCUCCAGUUCCACUACAUUGAGAAGCUGUGGCAGACCUUCUGGUUUUCAACAGCGCCAUCUAGUGACGGAACCACCACCAUCCCCAACAGUGAUGAGGAUAUGGAGGGGGUGAUCCCCAGGCAGAAGCUGAUUGCUCUGUGCAAGUAUGAGCCUGUCAAGCUGUGGAUGAGGAGCUGUGACCACAUCUUGUACCAGGCCUUGGUGGAGAUCCUCAUCCCUGACGUGCUGCGCCCUGUUCCCAGCACUCUCACUCAGGCCAUCCGCAACUUUGCCAAGAGUCUGGAGGGCUGGCUGACCACAGCUAUGAGCGACUUUCCCAAUGAGAUUGUCCGCACCAAGGCAGCGGUGGUGAGUGCAUUUGCCCAGACCCUGCGUCGGUACACCUCUCUGAACCACCUGGCCCAGGCGGCCCGCGCCGUGCUGCAGAACACCUCUCAGAUUAACCAGAUGCUCAGCGACCUCAAUCGUGUCGACUUCGCCAACGUACAGGAGCAGGCGUCGUGGGUGUGUCAGUGUGACGAGAGCGUGGUCCAGCGGCUGGAGCAGGACUUCAAGGUGACCCUGCAGCAGCAGAGCUCUCUGGACCAGUGGGCCGCCUGGCUCGACAACGUGGUCAACCAGGUCCUUAAGCCCCACGAAGGUAGCCCCAGCUUUCCCAGGGCCGCACGACAGUUCCUGCUCAAGUGGUCUUUCUACAGCUCCAUGGUAAUCAGGGACCUGACCCUGCGUAGUGCUGCUAGUUUCGGCUCCUUCCACCUCAUCAGACUGCUCUACGAUGAGUACAUGUUCUACCUGGUGGAGCACCGUGUCGCCCAGGCAACCGGAGAGACGCCCAUCGCUGUCAUGGGAGAGUUCAGUGACCUUAACUCGAUGAUGCUCAUGGACAAAGACCCGUCCUUCUCAGAUGACAUGAGUGACAUAGGCAGUGACGAGGGCCGAGGGCCCAACGAGCCGGCCGUGAAAAGAGAGAGGAUCGAAAUCAACCACUCGCUGCAGGAAAUCUGAGACCGGAUGAGGUGAGGGCCAUAGCCCACUACUCCAGGAGGUCUGCUGCCGCCCUGGGCCCUUCUGGUCCUGUCAGCACACUGCGAGUGGCUACACAGCCAGUGUGUUCAGUGUAUAUAGAGAAGAGUACUAGGCUCAGCCCCUACCCUACCACACCUCCUAGUUAGUGUAGUUAAAGGGGGUGAUCUUUAUCCCAGGGAAAACAAUGUAUGCUCACCAAGGGGGGCUGGUUUGACCUGACAGGGGUAUACAGUUCUAAUUUCUCUUCGUUCACUUGUUCCCGUUUUGCAACUGUGAUUCAGGAUGACUUUGUGCAGUACCGAUGUUGGAUACGUGUAACUUUGAAAGAGUGGUGUGUGUAUCUUAUCCUUUAUUAGCUGUGUAAUUCCAGUGCCUUAGAUAACUCUUUAACCACCACUACUACAGAUGUCUAUCUCCUCCCUCAGCUGUGCCUCUACCGCAGUAUGAAUGUAUUGUUUCAGAACCUCAGACAUUCUAAAGCACCUUUAAACUUGUAGGAGUAUGCUAUACAUGUUGCCUCUGUUGCUACUGGCAGCUCAACCCACAUUGAUGCAACCCACUGACGCGAAGGACUUGUCCCUCUCCCACCAGCGCGGCCACUCUUGGGUAUGUCAGUAGGCCCCUAGUCUCAUAGUUGAUUGGAAGGCAGGGACCUCUUAACACCCUGGCCAUAUGAGAUGAUUAGUUACCUCUUCCUUUUCUAUGCUCUGUUCUUAUGAGGCAACUAUAAAAAAGAGAGCCACUUACUGUUAAUUCUACCAACUCCCCCUUACUCAAGUAACCUUUUCCAUGUAUAUAUCACUUUUCAUUCAAAUGAUAACGAUUCUAUGAUGCCGUUUGGCAGAAACUCAAUUUCAGGAUGCACACAAGUCUCAUUGAUCCAUGACUGUAGAACUUCAGGGUGUUUCUAGAUGUCACGCCCCAGAGUCUAGGACAAGCCAGUUGCCUCUUAUGUUGAUGAGACAUUUAGAUAUGUUUUAAAGACUGAAAGGAGUGUGGUGGAAUGUGUUCAGGAAACCACCAGAUUGUACAUAUAUAUGAUGAUCUACCUUCUUGGUUAACUGGAGGUGUCUGGCAUUCAUUUUGUGGAGCUGUAUGUCUGGGUGAAGUCAAAUUUCUUAAGGGAUGUAAAAUAGUAUGUAUUUAACAAAACGUGAAAGAGCGUUGGACCCCCGAAGCCAAAACCCUUAAAAGGAAACUGUAGUUGCAUCUGUUCAGUUCAACUGAUGCUGUUUGAGUUCAGAUAGGCUCUCCCCUUACCGUUACUCAAAUGGACUCAUUCUAUAUUGAUUGGAAGGAAAUAUUCAGAAUCUCCCAAUCCAUGUUUAUUCAUUCAUAUUGCUUAAUAUGAAAAUGCUAACAGCUUUUGAGUCUGUUGCUCUAAGAUUUUAUUAUAUAGCUGUACAAUGAUACUGUAGGAGGGCUGAUUUGUGCAAAACCAACAAACUGUUCAACUUUAAAAUAUAACUUUCUUAAUAUGGUGUAAAAAAUCUGUGUUCAUCAAUGGCCUUUUGUAUCGCUUGGUCUUUCCCAAUCAUUUAGCACUCCCCAUACUGCACUCGUGUUUUUAAAGGGGGAUGCUCCUUGCUUUGAUUAUUUAGUGGCUGGGACUGAUGUGUGAGGCAAACGAUUGUCUUCUUUUGAUAAUGUGUGUCAUCUGGUCAACACAUCAAUAUUUAACAAACAACGUUGAUAUUUGGGGUGUAAAUGCCCUAUAAAUCGGCAGUCACUUGCCCAUAUUGAGAGAAUCCAUUUCUAUUUAUGAAAAAUUAUAGCUGAUUUAGGGCUGGAGUCAAUCAGUAAUAGUGUGAUUGAAAUGUUUUUGCAUUCGCGGUAAACGGUGCAUAUGUCUGCUCAACCGGAAAUUACAACCGACAUGGAGCGUUUUUCUCAACACUUUUUUGGUUGAGUUUCCCCUGUUCCCCCUCAGAUUUUGUAGUAGCUAUAAGAAUCCAGAGCUUGAGUUAUUGAAGGCUCUUUGUAACCCGUGCCUGUCACAGUACUUUGCCUUUAAGUGCGUUGGAAAGUAAUUUCUGUGUACUUUGUUUCUUGUAAAUCUGUUUUGACUUGGCUGAGGAUAAUUUUUUUAUUGAACUAGAUCUGGUUCUUCUGUAUUUUGAACCCUUAUUUUUAUGUAUUUUUAAACCUGUUCUUGACUACACUUUACCUAGCCUGAGGGCAGACAAGUCUGUAACAAACUGCAUAGUUCAACUGUAUUUUGUACUGGUCAAUGUGUAAUAAAUUGGUAUUAUAACCAUC